UCCAGCUUUAUCUCCAUCGCUCUCCAAUCCAACCCAGAGAGAGAAUGGACCCCAUUCCAUCCCAGUCUCACUCCAUACCCACACACUCACACUCACACACGCACUGCUGCUACGUCUCCUCACUCCUCUCCACAUCCAGUACACCUCAAUUCCCUCAUCAUCUACUUACCAUCAAUCAUAUUACAUCACUCACAUCCUCAUCCCCUUCUUCCUCCACUCCCCCUGUAUGUAUACGCAUCUACUCUGCUUACUUCACUGCUUAAAAAAACUUCCAUUGAAAGUCGGCAACUGUUGUGGGGCUUUGUGACAGAAUUGUGUAUUAUGGAAACCUAAUGCACCUGGGAUUUUGGAGAUUUGGAGUUCUGAGUGAUGGGUUGUGUUUAUUCUAAGACAUGUAUUGGUGAGUUGUGUGCCCCUCGAGAUGUUAAUCUGCAAGGAAGUGGAGCUGUAAAAACCGCUGCAAGUGAGUUUGCAGUGUUCUCGCCUGCCAGUUCUGAGAGUGAGGGAGAGAAAGAAGGUCAAUUAAAUCAGGUUAAUUCAACCAGUGAUCAUGAGGUGGGUAUUACUCGGCUGUCUAGGGUGUCAGCUCAAUUCUUACCUCCUGAUGGCUCCAAGUAUGUGAAGGUUCCAUCUGGGGAAUAUGAAUUACACUACUCAUUUCUGUCUCAGAGAGGUUACUACCCUGAUGCUCUUGAUAAGCCCAACCAAGAUAGUUUUUGCAUUCAUGCUCCAUUUGGAACGAGUCCAGAUGACCAUUUUUUUGGAGUUUUUGAUGGUCAUGGCGAAUACGGAACUCAGUGCUCGCAGUUUGUGAAACAGAAGUUAUGUGAAAAUUUGCUCAGGAAUAGUCGAUUUCACAUGGAUGCAGUUGAAGCCUGCCAUGCAGCUUUCUUGACAACAAACUCCCAAUUGCAUGCUGACACGCUGGAUGACAGCAUGAGCGGAACAACUGCAGUAACAAUCCUGGUUCGUGGUAGGACGCUUUAUAUCGCUAAUGCUGGUGAUUCGAGGGCUGUCGUAGGCGAGAAAAGGGGGAAUGACAUUGUAGCUGUUGAUCUUUCUAUUGAUCAAACACCUUUUCGGCCUGAUGAACUUGAAAGGGUGAAGCUUUGUGGAGCUAGAGUUCUGACUUUGGAUCAGAUUGAAGGACUCAAGAAUCCACACGUGCAGUGUUGGGGAACUGAAGAAGAUGAUGAUGGUGAUCCUCCUAGACUGUGGGUCCAGAAUGGUAUGUAUCCUGGUACAGCUUUCACAAGAAGCAUUGGUGAUUCUAUUGCUGAGACUAUAGGCGUUGUUGCAAACCCUGAAAUUGUUGUCCUGGAGCUUACACAGAGUCAUCCUUUCUUUGUUAUUGCAAGUGAUGGUGUCUUUGAGUUUCUUUCCAGCCAAACUGUGGUGGACAUGGUUGCAAAACAUAAGGAACCGCGUGAUGCUUGUGCUGCAAUUGUUGCUGAAUCAUAUCGUCGCUGGCUACAAUAUGAAACCCGUACAGAUGACAUAACUGUUAUAGUUGUUCAUGUAAAUGGUUUAAAUGAUGCUGCAUUUGGUCACUCAGCAGACUUGGAUCCAGUUUCAAGACCAUCUUUACCUCAAGUUGUUGAAGCAUCAGGAUCCGAUUCUCCAUCUCUUAUGAACUGGAGAUCCAAAAACCAACGUGCAAGGCAUGAUAUAUCCCGUGCACGACUGCGUGCUCUUGAAAGUUCUCUUGAGAAUGGUCAAGCUUGGGUUCCUUCAUCCCCAGCCCAUAGAAAGACCUGGGAAGAAGAAGCUCAAAUUGAACAGGCAUUGCGGGACCAUUUUCUCUUUAGAAAGCUUACUGAUUCACAGUGUCAAGUAUUGUUGGACUGCAUGCAAAGAAUUGAAGUUGGAGCAGGAGACAUAGUGGUAAAGCAGGGUGGAGAAGGUGACUGUUUUUUUGUUGUUGGUGAUGGAGAGUUUGAGGUCUUGGCUACUCAGGAAGAGAAAGAUAGCAAUAUUCCCAGGGUGCUACAGCGCUACACCGCUGAAAAGCUAUCUUCCUUUGGAGAGUUGGCACUGAUGUACAACAAGCCACUCCAAGCUUCUGUUCAAGCUGUGACCAAUGGAACUCUCUGGGCACUUAAACGAGAAGAUUUUAGAGGAAUUCUCAUGUCCGAAUUUUCUAAUUUAUCAUCGUUAAAGUUACUUCGAUCAGUAGAUCUUCUUUCAAGGUUGACAAUCUUACAGCUGAGUAGUAUUGCAGAUUCACUUUUAGAGGUGACUUUUUGUGACGGUCAGAAGAUAGUUGAUAAGAAUGAGGAACUCUUGGGUUUGUAUGUCAUACAGAAAGGAAUCAUAAAAAUUACUUGUGAGAUGGAUUUGGUAAAAAGUGCCAAUCUGUCCAGUCUCAUCUUGCCUGCAGUUGAGGAGCAAGAUGAUAGUAUGUCUGGUAAGAGCUAUUCAGUGGAGAAGAAUGAAGGCAGCUAUUUUGGAGAAUGGACACUUCUGGGUGAGCAAAUCACUUCUUUGAGUGCUGUUGCUGUUGGAGACGUGGUGUGCUCCGUAUUAACAAAGGAAAAGUUUGAUUCAGUUGUUGGGCCUCCAACAAAGCUUUCUCAGGAUGAUCAUGAUCAAAAGUCAAAAGAAGUCUCAACUAGUUUAUCUCCUGAACCUGUUAAAGAUUUAGAUACAUCAACCAUAAACAAGGUUCAACUUUCUGAUUUGGAGUGGAGAAACUAUUUGUAUUGCACAGAUUGCAGUGAUAUUGGUCUCAUACGUGUGCCUGACUCAGAGAAGUUGUUUACCUUAAAAAGAUUCUCAAAGCAGAAGGUUAGGAACCUUGGUAAAGAAGCAACAGUAUUGAAGGAGAAGAACCUAAUGAUGUCUAUAAGUCAGUCUGUUUUCGUGCCUCAAGUUGUAUGCACUUCUGCCGAUGAAUCAUAUGCUGGCAUACUUCUUGAUACACGUAUUGCUUGCUGUAUGAAAUCAAUAAUUCACAGCCCACUGGCUGAAACAUCUGCACAAUUUUGUGCUGCCUCUGUUGUUCUUGCAUUAGAAGGUUUACACAAGAUCGGAAUUCUGUAUCGAGGAGUGUCCCCUGAUGUUCUGGUGUUUGAUCAUACAGGAUAUAUACAGCUAGUGGAUUUCAGAUUUGGGAAGCAAUUAUCUGGUGAAAGAACAUUCACAAUUUGUGGUAUAGCAGAUUCUCUGGCUCCUGAAAUAAUCCAAGGGAAAGGCCAUGGCUUCCCUGCUGACUGGUGGGCAGUGGGAGCUUUGAUCUACUUCAUGCUGAAAGGUGAAAUGCCUUUUGGAUCCUGGAGAGAGAGUGAGCUCACAUUCGCAAGAAUUGUCAAAGGACAAUUGACACUUCCACAAGAAUUUAGCAAUGAAGCUGUUGAUAUCAUCACUAAGUUACUUGAAGUAGAAGAAAGUGCAAGACUUGGAAGUGAAGGCAUUGACUCCAUUAAAGCCCAUCCAUGGUUCCAUGACAUAGAUUGGGAAGGACUAGCAGAACGCAGGGUUGCGGUUCCCCCUGAUAUUAUCUUCCGUAUAAAUCAAUACCUUGAAACCCAUUUUGAUGAUGCGGCUGCUCCAUCUUCCCCUCUCCGGGAAUUUGAAGAACCUAAUGUGCCAGAAUGGCUUGAAGAUUGGUAGGGGAGCAGUUGAAAUUUGUCUCUGUGGAGUUUGCAACAUUGCAGAACUUGCUUGUUGUAAAGACCUUCGGUAAGAGUCCGUCCCCUCUUCACACUAUGAUCAAUCAAUCAGCACGGAGGGAAAAUUAGCUGCCGCUUGCUUGUUCAGUGCACACAGAGGAAGGAUAGUAUUUAGAGUUCUCUACGUUUAGUGAGUAGGUAGAUAUAUAUGUAAAUGAAGGAACUCUCUUUUGGUUUGCAUACCACGUCUGAGUAAAUUAAGUUAUUUAAAAUCAUAAAAUUAUAGCCAUUUACGGAAUUAAUAGGUUUCUGUAUCCUAGAUUAUUAUUGAACAUAAUCGAAGCAUUGUUGUUGCAUUAA